AUGUACAAGCGUCGUGACUAUGUGGACCUGUAUGAGAAAGACCAGGCUAAAUGGGCUCUAGUACGAAACGUCAACACUGUCUUCAAGCACUCUACACUGCUACCGGUAGGACUACAAAACUUAUCGGAGGAGGUUGGAGCAGAGAAGCUGCGUCUGGCUGAGGAGGAGAAACUGAGGAACCAGAUGAGCGCUAAGAAGGCUAAGGAGAGACUGGCCCAGCUAGUGAAGGAGGAUGCGGAGAGAGAGAAGAGAGAAAGGGAGGAGGUGCGGAGGAAGAAGGAGAUGGUGGAGCAGAUGGAGAAAGCCAGACAUGAGCCGGUGAACGACUCUGACAUGGUGGAUAAGAUGUUUGGCUUCCUGGGGACAACAAACUCCUUCCCUGGCCAGGAGGGUGCGCCACCGGCUGGGUUCGAGGACUUGGAACGUGCCCAGAAGGAGCUUGAGGAGGAAGUAGAUGAUGUUCUUCCUCUCCCUGAGGAUGAGGAAGAUGACCUGUCGGAGUAUAAAUUCGCCAAGUUCGCUGCCACCUAUUUCCAGGGCACCACAACACACACCUACGUCCGACGGCCACUUAAACAACCGCUGCUGUUCCAUGAAGACGAGGGCGACCAGCUGGCAGCGUUGCGGUAUGGAUCACGGUGUGCUGAGGUUCAUGGGCAGAUCUCCCAGAGCCCCAAGUACCAUACGGCCAUCACUGACGGCUCGGAGAAGAUCCCUGUGAUGACCAAGAUCUACGAGACGCUGGGCAAGAAAACUACAAGAGAGAAACUACAGGCCCUGCAGGGGGAGGGAGAGACCCCCCAUUCAGACAGCAACAAGAAGAACAGUGUCCGACACAAACUAGUGUCCCUCACCCUGAAGAAGAAGUCCAAGAUUACUGAGGAGGUGACCAAGCGCCUGAACGACGGAGAGAUUAGUCUCCAUGGCAACAGCAUGUUAGAGGACCGGCCCACCUCUAACCUGGAGAAACUCCACUUCAUCAUCGGCAACGGAAUACUACGACCUGCCCUGAGGGAUGAGAUCUACUGCCAGAUCUGUAAGCAGUUGAACCAGAAUCCUUCUAAGAGCAGUCACGCCCGCGGCUGGAUCCUCAUCUCUCUGUGUGUCGGCUGCUUCGCUCCCUCUGAGAAGUUUGUCAAGUACCUGCGUAACUACAUCCAUGGUGGUCCUCCUGGCUACGCCCCCUACUGCGAGGAGAGACUCAGACGCACGUUUGUUAAUGGCACCAGAACACAACCCCCGUCCUGGCUGGAGCUACAGGCCACUAAGUCUAAGAAGCCCAUCAUGUUGCCAGUAACCUUUAUGGAUGGGACCACUAAGACGUUGUUGACAGACUCAGCUACUACGGCCAUGGAGCUGUGUAACGCCCUGGCAGACAAGAUUAGCCUCAGAGACCGCUUUGGAUUCUCUCUCUAUAUCGCCCUGUUUGACAAGGUGUCCUCCCUAGGCAGUGGAAAGGACCAUGUGAUGGACGCGGUGUCCCAGUGUGAGCAGUAUGCCAAGGAGCAGGGUGCCCAGGAGAGAAACGCCCCCUGGAGACUGUUCUACAGGAAGGAGAUAUUCACCCCCUGGCACAACCCUGCAGACGACGCUGUGGCCACCAACCUCAUCUACCAACAGACUGUACGGGGGGUAAAGUUUGGAGAGUACCGCUGUGACAGGGAUGACCUAGCAGAGUUAGCCAGUCAGCAGUAUUAUGUGGACUAUGGUUCUGAGAUCCUGACAGAGCGUCUGCUGAGCCUGAUCCCAUCCUACAUCCCCGACCGAGAGGUCAGCUCCUCCCGGAGCGUGGAGAAAUGGGCCCACGUCAUCAUGGCUGCCCAUAAAAAGGGCAUCUACACCCAGCAGAGGUUUGACCCCCAGAAGGUGAAGGAGGAAGUGGUGGACUUCGCUCGCUACAAAUGGCCGCUCCUCUUCUCACGCUUUUAUGAGGCCUUCAAGCUCUCAGGUCCAAGUCUGCCUAAGAAUGAUGUCAUUGUGGCGGUGAACUGGACAGGGGUGUACUUUGUGGAUGAACAGGAGCAGGUGCUGCUAGAACUCUCUUUCCCAGAGAUCACUGCAGUCUCCAGCAGCAGAGGUGGUAAGCUGCAGGGGCAGAGUUUUACGUUGGCGACCAUAAAGGGCGAUGAGUUUACGUUCACGUCGACCAACUCUGAGGACAUCAGAGACCUUGUGGUAACGUUCCUAGAGGGCCUGAGGAACCGGUCCAAGUACGUGGUGGCUCUGCAGGACAACACCAACUCUGGUGGGGAGGAGUCUACGUUCCUGUCGUUCCAAAAGGGAGACCUGAUUCUAUUGGACCAAGAGACAGGUCAGCAGGUCAUGACCUCAGGCUGGGCCCAUGGGGUCAAUGAACGGACCAAUCAAAAAGGAGAUUUCCCUGCUGAUGCCGUCUACGUCCUGCCCACUGUUACCAGACCUCAGGCUGACGUAGUGGCAUUGAUUACCAUGACACCAGACCAGAGACAGGAGACGGUGCGUUCAUCUCAGCUGGUUUUGCCGGAGACUGGAGAGGAGAGGGUUAAACCUUACACACUGGAAGAGUUCAGCUAUGACCACUUCAGACCUCCUCCCAAACAUACUCUGAGCAGGGUGAUGAUCACUAAGAACAGAGGGAAGGCCUCAAUGUGGAGCUGCACCAGAGAGCCUAUCAAACAGCCCCUACUGAAGAAGGUCCUCAGCCAUGAAGACCUGUCACAGGACGCCUGUAUGGUCUUCAUAGCUAUGAUGAAGUAUAUGGGGGACUACCCGUCUAAGCGAACACGUUCGGUUAACGAGCUGACGGACCAGAUCUUUGAAGGAGCUCUGAAGGCCGAACCUCUAAAAGAUGAGAUUUUCUGUCAGAUCCUCAAACAACUCACAGACAACCACGUCAAGUACAGUGAGGAGAAGGGCUGGGAGUUGCUGUGGCUGUGUACAGGGCUGCUCCCUCCUAGCAACAUGCUGCUGCCUCAUGUCCAGCGUUUCCUUCAGUCCAGGAAACACCACCCUCUGGCUCAGGACUGUAUGACACGACUACAGAAGGCCCUACGGAAUGGCUCGAGGAAGUACCCUCCCCACCUAGUGGAGGUAGAGGCCAUCCAACAUAAGACCACCCAGAUCUUCCACAAAGUCUAUUUCCCUGACGAUACUGAUGAGGCAUUUGAGGUGGAGUCCAGCACCAAGGCUAAAGACUUCUGUUUGGCGAUCUCUGCUCGCUUGCUGCUCAAAUCACCCGAAGGAUUCAGCUUGUUCGUAAAGAUCUCCGACAAGGUGAUAAGUGUACCAGAGGGAGAUUUCUUCUUUGACUUUGUCAGACACCUCACAGACUGGAUCAAGAAGGCCCGGCCCUCUAAAGAUGGUAUCGUACCGUCUCUGACCUACCAGGUGUUCUUCAUGAAGAAGCUGUGGACCAACACUGUUCCUGGUAAAGACUCCUUCGCUGACUCCAUCUUCCACUACUACCAGGAACUGCCCAAGUAUCUCCGUGGUUACCAUAAGUGUAGUCGUGACGAGGUGUUCCAGCUGGGAGCGUUGAUCUACAGGGUGAAGUACGAAGACGACAAGUCACACUUCCCCUCAAUACCCAAGAUCCUCCGGGAGCUGGUGCCGCAGGACCUGAUUCGCCAGCUCUCCCCAGAUGACUGGAAACGGUCUGUAGUAGCUUAUUUCAAUAAGCAGGCUGGUAAGUCCAGGGAAGAGGCCAAACUCCACUUCCUGAAGAUCAUCUUCAAAUGGGCCACGUUCGGAUCCGCCUUCUUCGAAGUCAAGCAAACCACAGAGCCCAACUUCCCAGAGAUCCUCCUGAUUGCUAUCAACAAGCAUGGAGUCAGCCUUAUAGACCCAAAGACCAAGGACAUCCUGACCACCCACCCAUUCACUAAGAUCUCCAACUGGAGCAGCGGUAACACCUACUUCCACAUCACCAUCGGCAACCUGGUCAGGGGCAGCAAGCUGCUGUGUGAGACCUCACUGGGCUAUAAGAUGGAUGACCUCCUCACUUCCUACAUCAGUCAGAUGUUGACCACCAUGAGUAAACAGAGAACUGGGCGGGGACACAGCAAGUGAACUUCCUAUUGGCAGGAAGCUGCAGAGCUUAUUAGAAUACUGCGACCUGUUGGCCAGCCCUGCAGCUGGGGGCGGAGCUUCUCUAACCAGGUAUGGAGAAUGAGCCGCAGCCCAUCCUCUAGCACUGCCUCCAGCUAUGCCCAUAGCAACGACCUUAGCAACGUCUCUAGCAACAACCCUAGCAACGAUCCUGACGAAGAGCCUUCCAGUGAGGAUGACUACCUCUAAGCCCCGCCACUUUAUCUUCCCAGAGACACACACACACACACACACACACACACACACACACACAGUUAAAUUAGUGUUUUUGGAACAUUUAGUUCAAACUGAAGAGUUGGCAGUCUGUUAACAAGGAGACGCUUGUUAAUAACCAAUCAUUGGAUGGACAGACUGAAUGGAGAGCCAUGUGAUUGGGUACUUUAGCUAGACAAUUAAGUAGUUACUGAAAAGAAGAAUUAAGUUAACUUACUGAGUAAAAUAACCAUAAAAAGCUUUAAUACACAGACCUGGAAGAAAAGAGGUUUGCAUGCUCUUAUUGUAGCUGAAUAGAUUUUGACUGAACUGUCAAUACAUAGGUAUAUUUUUAGUUUUUUUUUAAAGCCUUAACUGUUGUUGUUUUUUUAUUUAAUGUGUCUUUUAAGCCAGUUGCCUCUGUUUCAGAAGCAGCAUGGUAGUCUAUGUGACAGACCGCUGCAGUUCUGGGCAGUCUGUGGUUUUUUAUAUUAUUCUUGUGUUUGUUUUGUGUCUCUUAUCAUCAGAGUAAAGCACAUUUAUACAGAGCCUACGCAAGUAUGCAACUCAAGCUUUGCAAAGUGGCAGUUCUGCGUACUUGGGUAGCAGAAAUAUGCAAAUGGGCAGCCUCGGAGUGGUGACUCAACACAAUGCAAGAUGUUAUUGUGUUGCCUACUUGCGUAUGGUAUAAUUAGGCUUUAGUUCAGAGGUCUGUCUGUCUGCUGUAAGCCUCGGGUGGACUGGCUGCCCUAGAGUUUUAACAUAGAGCAUUAGUGUUUGACCAGAAAGGAUCAUUAUCUGUAGUUUUUUUGCAGAUCUAUGUGCUGUAGCUCUAUGAGACUUGUUUAACUCAACAAUGGCCUUUGUCAUACUCACUAGAACUAGGGUUGCAAAGUUCCCUACAAUCCUUAGUUGAACCAGGUCUAGACCUGACUCAGCUGGAAAACACCUGAUCCAUGGAUGAUUCUGAGUUCUGUAUGAAGAGUUCUAUACCCUACGUCAAAAUGAUACCCUUUAUAGUGCCCAGGUCAAAAGUAGCGCACUAUAUAGGGAGUCAUUUGGGACGCAAACUACAGUGGCUUGCGAAAGUAUUCACCCCCUUGGUAUUUUUCAUAUUUUGUUGCCUUACAACCUGGAAUUAAAAUAUAUUUUUGGGGGGGUUUGCAUCAUUUGAUUUAUACAACAUGCUUACCACUUUGAAGAUGCAAAAUAGUUUUUUGUGAAACAGCCAAGAAACAAGACAAAAAAACAAAACUUGAGCGUGCAUAACUAUUCACCUCCCCCCAUAUUCAAUACUUUGUAGAGUCACCUUUUGCAGCAAUUACAACUGCAAGUCUCUUGGGGUAUGUCUCUAUAAGCUUUACCCAUUCUUCAAGGCAAAACUGCUCCAGCUCCUUCAAGUUGGAUGGGUUCCGCUGGUGUACAGCAAUCUUAAAGUCAUACCACAGAUACUCAAUUGGAUUGAGGUCUUUGCUUGACUAGGCCAUUCUAAGACAUUUAAAAUUUUCCCCUUAAACCACUCAAGUGUUGCUUUAGCAGAAUGGUUAGGGUCAUUGUCCUGCUGGACGGUGAACCUCCAUCCCAGUCUCAAAUCUCUGGAAGACUGAAACAGGUUUCCCUCAAGAAUGUCCCUGUAUUUAGCACCAUCCAUCAUUCCUUCAAUUAUGACCAGUUUUCCAGUCCCUGCUGAUGAAAAAGACCCCCACAGCAUGAUGCUGCCACCACCAUACUUCACUGUGGGGAUGGUGUUCUUGGAAUGAUGAGAGGUGUUGGGUUUGCACCUGACAUAGCAUUUGCCUUGAUGGUCAAAAAGCUACAUUUUUGUCUCAUCUGACCAUCUGACCAGCUUCUUCCAUAUAUUUAGGGAGUCUCCCACAUUUGCUUAUUUUUUUCGGGCCACUCUUCCAUAAUAAAGGCCAGCUUUGUGGAGUGUACGGCUUAAAGUGGUCCUAUGGACAGAUACUCCAAUCUCCGCUGUGGAACUUUGCAGCUCCUUCAGGGUUAUCUUUGGUCUCUUUGUUGCCUCUCUGAUUAAUGCCCUCCUUGACUGCUCUGUGCGUUUUGGUGGGUGGCCCUCUCUUGGCAGGUUUGUUGUGGUGUCAUAUUCUUUCAAUUUUUUAAUAAUGGAUUUAAUUAUGCUCCAUGGGAUGUUCAAAGUUUCAGAUAUUUUUUUAUAACCCAACCCUGAUCUGUACUUCUCCACAACUUUGUCUCUGACCUGUUUUGUAAGCUCCUUGCUCUUCAUAGUGCCGCUUGCUUGGUGGUGCCCCUUGCUUAGUGGUGUUGCAGACUCUGGGGCCUUUCAGAACAGGUGUAUAUAGACGGAGAUCAUGUUAAACUUAGAUUGCAUACAGGUGAACUUUAUCUAACUAAUUAUGUGACUUCUGAAGGUAAUUGGUUGCACCAGAUCUUAUUUAGGGGCUUCAUAGCAAAGGGGGUGAAUACAUAUGCACCCACCACUUUUCCUUUUUAAAAAAAUACAUUUUUGAAGUUUUUUUAUUUAUUUCACUUCACCAAUUUGGACUAUUUUGUGUUUGUCUAUUACAUGAAAUCCAAAUAAAAAUCCAUUUAAAUUACAGGUUGUAAUGCAACAAAAUAGGAAAAACACCAAGGGGGUGAAUACUUUAGCAAAGCUCUGUAUGUGUUAGUUGUGUGGUGUUCAGGCAGGAUGCUGAUGUUACUGUCUGUUUCUCCUGUUCUGCAUAGAGGAGCAGAACUUCCCUCCAGCCCCUAACCUGUCUGUCUGCUGUUGAAUUUGUUGGUUUUUGUUUAAGAUUUUUGGUACUUAUUUUAUAUUUACAUUGUGUAAAGUAUCUGUCCAUUUAGUGAAACUAUGGUUUGUAUGAGGAGUGAAUCUAUAGUCCUGAGGGGAUACAGUUUACACUAGCAACACAGAGUUCUGGGUGAAUUUCCACUAUAAAGCGCUACGUGUGGUUUACAACAAAUGGCACCCUAUUCCCUAUAUAGUGCACUACUUUUAACUAGAGCCUAUGGUCCCUGGUAAAAAAAUAAAAAUAAGGCUCUGGGCAAAAUAAAUGUACUAUUUAGGGAAUAGGGUGCCAUUUAGGAUGCAAAGUGUCCCCGGUCUGUCUGGGUAAUAUUACUACAGCAGCUGUGUUGCUCUACUGUUUGGACAGAAGACAUGAUGACGGUGGAGCUACCGACAGAUGAGGGCCAGGAUCAAAUCAGAAACCGUGCUUAACAGGGAAUUUCCAAUUGAGCAGACAUCUGCAGUAGUUACCUUAAAAUACGAUCUCCGUAAAUGAGGUAGCGUUGCCUUUAAAAACCGCAAUGUUGAUUAGAGCACUCAGAUUGAAUCCCAGCCGAGGUGUCUGUUUUUGUAAAAACAAUAAAGAUGAUUGGACGAGGA